UCUCUUUAUCCAAUGAUCAUUUUGAUUAGUGUGAGCAUUUCAUAAUCUUUUCUAAACAAUAUAGACUAGUUUCCAUUAGGCCUGCACAUUUUGAUGUGUUUUUUUAUAGUAAAAGUUAGAUUAAACACCAUCCAAUUUUACUUUUCAACAUCAGGCCGAGGCCGGCAUAGAACAAAGAAUUUCAUUUGCUAAGAUUUCUGUCUCGUUCGAACAAUUCGAAAAUCUGCCUAAAAAGAAUAACUUCAUUUUCUUCUUGCUACCAUUUUUGCAGAAGAUUAAUGAAGGCACAAGUGAGUAGUGCAGAAGUAAGGCGACUUCACGUUGUCUACUUUCUUAGUCGAAGUGGUGGUGGCGUUGAACACCCUCAUCUCGUUCCAGUCCAUCACCUCUCCAGUAAUGGCGUACGGUUACGAGACAUAAAGAAAUGGUUGGCAGAAUUGCGAGGGAAGGACAUGCCAGAAUCAUUUGCUUGGUCAUACAAGAGGAAGUAUAGGACAGGAUAUAUAUGGCAAGAUUUGCUGGAUGAUGAUCUCGUUACUCCAAUUACGGACAAUGAAUAUGUCCUCAAAGGAUCAGAGAUUUCCUCUCCCACUUCUAAUAAAGACCUUUCAUACAGUCAAAAGAAAGUUACCAUGCAAGAAGAGCCAUUAACCCUUGAAGAAAUUAAAGGCCACAAGCCCUCUUGCAUUCAAAUUCAUUCAGAAAAAUCAAUGGAUAUCUCAUCAAAAACACCAUCAGAAAUUGAAGAAGAAUCGCCAAAAUUUGGCUCCGAGACAUCCACAUUUACCAAUGAUUCUGGAGAACUCAACCCCAAACCAGAACCGGAACCAGAACCAGAACCAGAGAAGAAUUCAGACACUGUCAAGCAAGAAAAUAUGCGUGUUAGUACUGAUUCAAAACUUCCCAGAAAAGAAUUAAGAAAUGAGAAUCCAGUUCCUUCUUUGGAUUCAACUCCAUCAAAUAAGGACAAGAAGAAGAUGAACAACAAAGUUCCAAUGGAGAAAAACACUAAACCAGCUUCAUCAGCCCGUUCAUUCACAAAGAGCAAGAGUUUUUCUAGUGGUGCAUCCCACAUAUUCAAGAAUUUGAUUUCAUGUGGUGCUGUGGAUACUAAUGAUUCAGCAGUAGUGACGAUCGAUCGAAAGAAUAGACCUUUCUUGAAUAUGUGUUCUAGUGAUGAGAAUGAUGUUCACUCGGAAGAAAUUUGCAAAAGGGGAUCUCAGAGGACCUUUGGGACCUUACGGAAUCAACAACAAUGGAAUGGGAGAAGGAGCUGCGAUGGGGAGAAGGAUUCAAGAAAGCAAAAGACACCCUUAACUGCUUACAAGCAAAUCAGAGGGCCGAAUUGCUCGCAAUGUGGGAAGUCAUUCAAGCCAGAGAAACUACUUUCACAUAUGAAAUACUGCGAAGGAAUGAAAGCCUUAGCCAAGGGUGCAAAUCCUGCAUUUUCUGCUUCUAUUGCUCAGACGAAAUCACAAAGACCGUCGUCCAAGGAAUCCCAAAAUAUGGAUUCACUUUCUGGCUACUACAUAACCAAUUGAUUCUUACAACUAUCCAUUUUACAGUAUUCAGAUUAGUAAUGUUCAAGAAUGUUUUACUUACUCUAUCUUCAAGAACUUCUGCAAAUUGUUUCUUUCAAUGGAAAUUAAAAUCUCGAGAGAGGGUGAGAUAAAUCACU